UCCACCAUGGCAGCGUUCUCUAUGCCGCCAGCACCGGCAGAGGUGGAUCUGAGGGAGACGAAGGUGACUUCGAACAUGGUGGUGGUUAGCGUUUUGUUCUCUCUUUCUGCGGUAUUCGUGGGAUUGCGUAUAUUCACCAGGUUGAACUAUCAAAGAAAAAAGCUGGAUAUGGACGAUCAUUUGAUGAAUGCUGGAUUGGUUCUAAAUGCUGCAAACCUCGCGUGCUGUAUCAUUGCUGCUCGCUUUGGCCUGGGAAAGCACAUGUGGGCUCUCGAUUCUCAAGAGAUGCGCCAUAUAAGUCUUAUCCACUUCGCUUUUCUGUUCGUAUACGCGUGGAGUGUGUCCGUAAUCAAACUCUCCAUCAUCACCUUCUACCGCCGCAUCUUCGGCAUGUCAUGGCUAUGCUGGUUAUGCACAUUUCUCACAAUCGGCUACCUCCUUGCGCAUCACGUCGUCCUACCUCUCUUUGCAUCACCUGUAUCAUAUUACUGGGACAAAUAUCUGGGAAACGCAGGACGCAUGUGCGUUGACGAACCAAAGUUCAUUCUAGCCAUGGCCAUCAUAAACUUAAUCGGCGACAUCCUCAUCCUAUGCAUCCCCAUCCGCAAAGUCCUCCGCCUCCAACUCCCGCCUACGCAAAAAGCCGCCGUGAUAGUCACAUUCCUGCUUGGCAGUUUCGUCUGUUUCGCCUCGCUCUACCGCAUCAUCACCAUCGUACGAUUCGCAGACAGCAUAGACAUGAGUUGGACUAAAAGCGAUGUAUUCAUAUGGUCGCUCGUCGAACCGUCUAUUGGGAUCAUAUCUGCGUGUCUACCGACGCUGCGGCCGCUUUUAACGAAAGGCUUGGAAAAGGCUGGAGUUGGAAGUCGGGUUGGAGGAGCGAGGAGUGGGAGUGGGAAGAGUAGGCAGGAAGGCGAUAGGAUCAAUCUUGUGGAAACGAUCUCUCAGAGGCGGGUGAGGAAGGUGCAGAAGAAGGAUGUUUUGGACGAGACGGUUGGUGGAGAUGAAGAAUGGCAUUGGACGGCGGAUGAGGACGAUGUGGGGAAGCAUGGAAAAAGUGGGAAUGGAGAUGCAGUGCCGGUGUUGGUCGUACAUAGAUGA